AUGGGUGAUAGUCUCAUCAUUGGCGCUUCCUUUAGAGUGCCCAUCAAGAAAGGUGCAAUGGAGACAAUAAGUGCUGCCACUGCUCCGAGUAAAGGUGGAGGUAUCCCCUCCUAUGACUGGCAAGGCUCUGGGAGAGGAAACUGUCACAGCUUUUUCUGUUGUUUUUCCUGCUAUGGGGAGGAGCCCCCUACUGGUGGUCUGGCUGAGGAAACCGGGCAACCGAUGCAGGGUUCCCAGGAUUCUCAGGAUCCCAAAGCCUCUCGGAUCCCUUCAUCUCAAAGUCCCCAUCUUGAGCGCACUCCUAGUCCCAUCAGGACUGUGUUUUCUCAAACCUUGUCAGAUAAAGGCGCUUUGGGAGACACUCCUUUAUCCAAACAGACAGGUCAAACUAGUGAGAAAUCCGCUCCUAGUGUUGCCUUUUCUUUAGAAUCAGAAAGCUCAGAAGAAUCCUCGGGGAAGUCAGGGGAUCAGGAAGAAGAGGCUCUGCCCCAAGAAGCCGGAACUGGCUUUGUAAAGUCUUCCUCUCCUUCUCCAGAGGCAUCUGAGUAUGAGGACGAUGAUGGUGACUCCAAUGACGAUGACGAUGAUGAUGAUGAGGAUGAUGAUGCUAGCUCACCCAGUGACAUGACUACUUGA